UGCAAUGUCAUUUUAAAAUGUCAAUUAUUAACCUAAUUUCUAUGAGUCAACAAACAAUCAAAUUCAUUCAGGCCUUGAAAAAUUGUUAUUCGUAAUUUUAAUAAUUUUUAUUUUAGUGCCACGUUAGCAAAACCCUUAUAAAAAAGCAAGAGAUAUAUCUAAUUAUAAUAGUAAUCGUUGAUUUCUCGGAGAUUCCCUUGUUAAAUUUGUCACAAACUAUGCCUUCAUCGAAAGUCACAAAAAUCGACGAAAAUAUACUUCGCGAGAGAUUAGCAGCCUUUGAGCCCGAACCAUUAGUGAGAUAUGAACAAAUUAAAGAUAAACAUGAUAUUGAGAUCCCCUGUGUUACUGCAGAUCAAGAAACAAUAAACUUGGCACAGGCAAAUUAUUUAAACAUACUAAACAAUAACGACAUUAAAAAAACAUCUGAAAAUAUUAUCAGAAAGUAUGGAGUUGGAACUUGUGGACCAAGAGCAUUUUAUGGGACAACUGAUGUGCAUUUAAAACUGGAAGAACAUAUAGCAAGUUUUUUAGGAAUGGAUGAAUCCAUUGUGUAUUCAUACGGUUUUGUAGCUAUAUCUAGUUCUAUUGCAGCUUACUGUAAAAAAAAUGAUGUUGUUUUUACACACAAAGAUUGCAAUAUCGCGAUCCAACAAGGACUACAAAUGGCCAAAAGCAAAGUGUGUUAUUUUGAUCAUCAAGAUCCAAACUCGUUUGCCAGAGAAGUCAAUAAAAUAGUGGAAUUAGAAAAAGGAAAGAAAAAAGUUUCCAGGAAAUUUCUCAUUGUAGAAGCUGUCUCAUGGAGUACUGGUCAAAUUCUACCUCUGCCAGAAUACCUUCAAAUAGCCGAGGAAAAUAUAAUUCGGGUAUUUUUAGAAGAAAGUUAUUCGAUCGGUAUAUUGGGUCGUAGCGGAAAAGGCAUGCUGGAACAUUUUGACAUUGAUUCUUAUAGGGUAGAUAUGAUAAUUUCAACUUUGGAAGCAGCUGUUGGAUCGAUUGGCGGUUUCUGUGCAGGAUCACACACCGCUAUAGAACACCAACGCUUAUCUGGCAGUGGGUACAUUUUUUCGGCUUCCUUACCAACCUAUCUUGUUCAAGCUUGUAUUGAAUCUAUCGAUCUUAUUACAGAAGAAACGACAAAAAAACUUGGAGUGCUAUCGAAAAAAUUUCAUUCGACUCUUUUAAAUUGUGGUUAUAAUGUUCAAAGCAAUCCAUUAUCUGCCUUUAAAGUAUUUACCGUUAAAGAAAAAGAUCCAAAUUUGAUAAAACAAAAAGUACAAAAUAUUUACGAGUAUUGUAAAGAUAAUGGGAUAUUUUUAAUUUUAAAAGAGAAUGCUUUAAUGGCUAAUUUGAAUAUAGUACUUCUUGAUCAACCAGAAAGAUAUGAAAAGAUUGAGAAGGUUUUAACUAGUGCUACCUCUCUUUAAACGAGAGUUAAGUUUAUUUCUGUUACAGGCUUGGCACUAGAUUGUUCUUAUUAUUGCACAAUAUUUUAUUAAAUAAAGAAAUGUUAC